AGCUAGGGGAUAACAUUCACACAGAACACAGAGAGCAGACCACUUUUCUAGAAAGAAAUAUACCUUGAAAUUCAAUGAUACCCUUAUCCAUUAAGAAAAAGAACCCUAAACAACGUCUCCCAUGGAGAAAACCACAAAAAAUGAAAUCAUUAUUUUAUUAUGUAUUGAAAUGAAAACUUGUAUAUAACCAUUUAAUAAAUUCCUAGAUGGCUUAGCUACCAGAGUAUCCACAGCUCUUAAUCUUUCAUGAUUUUUGUCCUAUGACGAUGCUUCAACUUUUUUCCAUGCUCUGCCAUAAACUCAAGCAACACAGUCGAUUUUGAAUCGGAUUGUCAUUUUGUGUCCCCAAAUCCACCACAAUCUGAAGCUAUUUAUAUCAUAUGAUGUUGGGAUAUAUAUGAAGCAGAUUAGAAAUGCUGAAUUCGACGCAUCAAUCAAAUCAAGGUUGAUCAACCGCCUUUUCUUCAUCGGAGGAGAGCUAGGUGAGCUCCUUCUUCAGCACGUGAAAACCCUUCUCUCCUGUUUUCAUCACCUGUGAAAAUAACGAGGCAGAGCAUGAAUUAGCCCAGGCCAAAGAGCCCUACCUUCUAGUACAAUUACCCUUCGUUUGUAUAACACGCGCUCUUCAAGUAAAACAAUCUUAAAAAAAGGCGGGGGGGCUUUUACACUCUCUUUCCAUUCAAACCAAAGCUCUCUUUUUGAUGAAAAAAAGUCACUAAUCUCUCUCUCCUAACGAGUUAGGGUUUUUUUUUUUUUGCUUGAAAUUAUAAUCAGGUAUUUGACUGUCGAUGCCGACUAAUCCGAGAGUUGUGAAAGCCUUUAGGGCUAUGAAGGCGCUUGGAAUAAGCGAAAAGCAAGUUAAACCUGUGUUGAAAAAGAUGCUAAAACUGUAUGAGAAAAAUUGGGAGCUAAUUGAAGAGGAAAAUUAUAGAGCUCUUGCGGAUGCCAUUUUUGACGAGGAGGAGUCUAAGGUUCCUGACGAGAAUGAUGAUGCUACUGAGGGAACUUUUGAGGAAAAAACUCGGAUUUCUAAUGAACCUGAGCGGCCGUUCAAACGGUUGCGUAGAGGCCAAGAUGGGCAAGGUUCCUCCCCGCCUAACAACAGCGACCUAGUGUUGGCUGGAAGUCCUUCAAGAAAGCCUAAAGUGCAGGGGAAAGUACUACCUGUUGCGAAAUCCCAGCAGCAGUCUCUGGAAACGAGAAAUUCACAACCCAGGCCUAUUUCACUUCAGAAUCCUGCUGGAAACAUGAGCUCACAAACUGUUUCUCCUGGUUGUUUGGCGGUGCAGGAACACUCUAGUCAGUCUGAUUUAUCUGAUAUGGAUGGAACAUUGUUGUCUGAUUCACUUUUGUCAUGGAAGCAGCGAUCAUACAAGGGAAAAGAACCUUUAUUACCUGCGGCUGCUCCACAAGAGAAAAGACCUACUUUAAAAGGAUCAUCGCAAGCAGUGCACUUCAAAGACCCCGUAGUUCAGCCAAGCGCUUUUCUCUCACCCAAACAAAAAGUGCCUCAUUCUCGUGCUCUGAUCAAGCCUAAAGACGAGCCAUUUACUGGUGACAUGCCUUUUGAAGACGCUAUGCAAUCUAUUGCAAUUAUCCGACCAGAUUCUGCAAGCAAAGAACAAUCUCUUAUUCAAAGAGUUUCUUCACGCAAACAGCAUCAUCAAGAACCUCCAGCAUCCCAAUUUUUAGCUGGAGAAGAUAACGUUCCAGUUUCAUCAAGUCCGGCAAGAGAUAGCUGUGAACUUGCAACCAUUCCAGAAGACUCUCCGGCUAGCUUAGAGAUUGCCACCUCAGCACUGGGAGAGGUGAAGAUUUCUCUGAGCUGCAACUCUAUGCUUGGAAGACCAGAUUUUCAUAUGCCUAGUCAAGAUGAACUUCUGCAAUCAAUGCAGGAUAAAUGUCUCCGAUCUUACAAAAUCCUUGACCCAAACUUUUCUGUCAUGCAAAUGCUGAAAGAUAUGUGUGAAUGCUUCUUGGAUUUGGCAACUGAUUCCUCUCAUGAACAUGAAUCGCAGGAAAGGAUUUUGAAUGUAACACCAGCUCUUGAUCUAUUGAAGAAAUCUGUUGGUGUUGGUGGCAUUAAAGAAAAUAACCAUGUACCAGCCUAUGUUGCAAGGGUAUCAGUUGAUGCUCGUCACUUUGAUGAGGUGGCUGCUUUUCAAAUUCCAAGACCACUACAGCCUCCGAAUGUUUUGGAGGUUGUGCAGGUGAGUGAAGAGGCUAUUGAAAAUGGCUGUUCUGGAAGUGGCAAAGUAAAUGAAUUUAGAGAUGCUGAGUUUGGUAGUUUGAUUGUGGUUCCACAGAGUCAACUGACUCCUGAUGAGUUUAGGUCCCUUCAUUAUCGUACUGACAUCACUAAGGGAGAAGAAAUGGUUGAGAUUCCAUGGUUGAAUGAAGUAAACAGCGAGUUUCCUCCAUUUUUUAACUACAUACCCCGGAAUCUGAUUUUUCAGAAUGCUUAUGUCAACUUCACUCUCUCUCAAAUUAGGGCUGAAAAUUGCUGCUUGGCUUGUAUUGGUAAUUGUUUGUUGUCAUCUACACCUUGUGUUUGCUCCAGUGACACUGAGCAUGGUUUUGCAUACACUUUAGAAGGCCUUGUCAAGGAGGAUUUCUUAGAAGAUUGUAUCUCUCUGACUCGGGAUCCUCAGCGACAAUGCCUUUCUUAUUGUAGAGAUUGCCCACUGGAAAGAUCAAAAAACGAUGAGAUAUUGGAACCAUGCAAGGGUCACGUGAAGAGAAAAUAUAUAGAAGAAUGUUGGAGCAAAUGUGGGUGCCACAAACAAUGUGGAAACAGAGUCGUGCAGCGAGGUAUAAGGUGCAAGUUGCAGGUUUUCUUUACCCCUGAAGGGAAGGGGUGGGGUCUCAGAACUCUAGAAAUACUACCAAAAGGUACAUUUGUAUGCGAGUAUGUAGGGGAGAUACUAACCAACAAAGAGUUGUAUGAGAGGAAGAUGCAAAGGACAAGUAGCAGCAAGACUGAGAAGCAUGCCUAUCCAGUUCUACUUGAUGCGGAUUGGUGCAUGAAAGGAGUUGUAAAGGAUGAAGAAGCUCUGUGUUUGGAUGCGACAUUUUAUGGAAAUAUUGCUAGGUUUAUCAAUCACAGAUGUCUUGAUGCAAAUAUGAUUGAAAUCCCCGUGAAGAUUGAGACCCCUGAUCAUCAUUAUUAUCAUCUUGCUUUCUUCACAACAAGAGGAGUGAAUGCCUUAGAAGAGUUAACAUGGGAUUAUGGGAUUGAUUUUGAUGAUACUGAUCAACCUGUGGAGGUAUUCCCAUGCCGAUGUGGCAGUAAGUUCUGCAGGAACAUGAAACGUUCAAAUAGAUCUAAUUCAGCAGCAAGAUGAUCAGAUGUGCAGAUUAUGAGACUGCCUCAUUCUUCCACAAUCCCAUCCAUGACGAGAGAAGAAAGAUUUUGAAGUGGAUUUGCUCAGUUUUUCUUGGUCCUGCUGGCAAUCUUGUCAAAGUCAUAUGGUGUUAUUUUGUCAAGCCGGAUGGUUAAUUGGCAGUGGGUCGUGCACGGCCCUAAAAAUGUGUUUAUGAUGUAUUGAUUGCAUAAUCUACCAUCCCAGUAUUGAAUUUUGCGUCUAAAUCUGGGAUUUUGUGCUGCAGCUUGGCAACAACUGGGUCAUGUAUGUCUUUGUUUAUUGUACAGGAUUUUGGCUUUGUGA